AUGGCAGGCUCGCCCAGUCUCUACAGCUUCGCAGACAUCGACUCCCUCGCAACACAACUGCGCAAAUAUAUUCUAAACAACCAAAACGCCGCCCUCAAAAAACACGACGUCUUCCGGGUCGCCGUCUCAGGCGGUUCACUCCCAAAUACUCUAGCCAAAGCCCUUCUUGCACCCGGCAAUGGCUCCCCCGAAGAUACAGCUCAAUUCUCCAAGUGGGAGAUUUUCUUCGCCGAUGAACGCGCUGUACCGCUAAACCACCCUGACAGCAAUUACCGUCUAAUCAAGGAGGAGCUCCUCGACCACAUCCCUGCCAAUCUUGGUGCGCCCAAAGUCAUCCCUAUUGAUGAGAAGCAUGUCGACGAUGAAGACCCAACGGAAUUGGCCGACCUCUACACCGAAGAACUCAAGCGCUCAUUCGCCGCUAAGGAUAGCGUCAAAAUACCCAUCUUCGACCUGAUCUUGCUCGGUGUGGGACCCGAUGGACAUACCUGCAGUUUGUUCCCUGGCCACGAGCAACUCCGCGAAGAGCAUGCCUGGGUCGUGGGUGUGAGCGACUCACCCAAACCACCCCCAAAACGUAUUACGCUUACUUUGCCUGUCGUCACGCACGCCGUGAGCAUUGCCUUUGUCGCUACUGGUGGUGGGAAGAAGGAUAUUUUGAAGAGGAUUUUUGAUACUGAUGAGAGUCACACUUUGCCGAGCGGAUUGGUCAAUACUUUGGCUGGAGAUAAGGUGUCUUGGUUCUCUGAUAAUGCGGCUACGGAGAUCGGAAUCGACGCGGCGGCUGCAUGUCAACCGUCAUUCAGAUUGCACUUCAUCAAUCCGACUGGGCCUGCAACACGCCAUCCCCGCUCUCUCAACGUAAACAAACAUUCCGAUGCCAACCACCACAACGCGCAAUGGCCCCGGAAACCCUCCUGGAAGCCUCAAACUGCCUCAAAGACAGCGAUCAGUCACGACAGGCUCUUCGAUUCCCGUACCGUCCACCUUGACAGUCACAGACAAUGCAUCCAGCAGAAAGAGUCUACUUCCACAGCGCAUGGCGGUCCGGAGUCAACCACGCAGCCUACGAGAAACACAGAACAAAAUGAACAAUUACCAGUCAAAACACAGACAACAACCACAUCAGAGCCAUCAGUUGACGCGCAGCCGAUUCCUAGGACUCCGACGGAACCUGAAGAUGUCAACAUACCACAAGCGCAACCCGUCGCAACGAGCACAAAUCCUCCUCGCUCGCGAGCAAAAACUGAAUCACGAAGCGAGCGCAUAUCGACACGACCAAAAUCGCCCAUUAAACCACAGCAGCAAAAUGACACCAAAUCUGCUCCGAAGAAACCAUCAAUGCCACCUCCAGCACGGCCGACCAGAUCCGCAUCUCUACGCCAACUAUCCGCUCCGAAAAUAAGUAGUGUCGGAGAAGCAAGGGGACACGCAAGGCAUCGAAGUCAGGUACUCAAUACCGGUGCAACCCCGGGAUUGUCUGCGCCUUCGCGAUCACAGGAAAAGUCUGGGACAGGGACAACGACCACCGUCAAACAGGCCCGUCCACAAUUUACAACGUACCAGCAACACUUUAGCCCUAAAAAGGAAAAAGAAGUCCCCCGGAGCGUGGGCGACCGAAGGAAUACCGGCAAGUCUGUUGCUGGUAACGAGGUUGUGAAUGCGUCGCCGGAAACUGCGGCUCUACAGACUGAAUUCCUACAACUCUAUCUCCUCCAUUCGUCGUCGAUACGAGAGAACGCAGAAUGGAAGUUAAGAGCGGAGCGUCAAUUACGGGAUAAAUACUAUGAGGUGGCUGCGUCAUAUAGGAUAAUUUUGGAGGAGGAAAGACGUGCGCAAGAGCAAUUGAAUCUUGAAGCUCUUUACGACUGGUCGCUGGAGUCGGCAAGUCUUGCAGAGGAUAAUAACGGGGCUACUUUUCAAGCCGAGAUUCAGAGUUUCUCGAGAGUCACUCAGGAAGUUGCGGAUAUGACCGCGGCCGGCAGCGGGCGGUACGCUCUAGUUGUUCAGGUCUUUGAAGAAUGGCUGGAUAGGGCUGAACAUAUUAAACGAAGCCGAGAGGAUCAAAACGACUCCAAGGAAUGGGAACCGGAAUACAUCGAUACUCUCGGCCCAACAUGGAGGAAUGAAGUGGACGAGUUGACCGUCAAAGCCGAACUCUGCUUGCGGGAACUACUAAAAACAUCGUUAUUCGUGCUGGACGAAACGAAAUUCUUCGAAAAACACAGCGACUCGGCGCUUGUACGACUCGCCAGAGGACAUCGAGAUAUUUGGACGUCUAUGAUCGACGAGCUGAAAUUAAUGCGCGCCGUGGAGUCUGAGACGGUGAGGCUGGAGCAAGCAUGGAUUGCCUGCGCGGCAGAUCAGGUCCGGAUUGAUCCGGGGAUGGGUUCUGGGGCGGGUAUCUGGAAGAGACUGUAA